AUGGGGGAGGAUGGGGCAGGGGGCACCAUGCACCUGCUGUGCCUUGCGGCUUCCAGCGGGGUCCCCCUGUUCUGCAGGAGUAGCCGUGGCGGCAUCCCCACCCGCCAGCAGCUCCCGUUCUCCGUCAUAGGCUCCCUCAAUGGAGUCCACAUGUUCGGGCAGAAUCUGGAGGUACAGCUGAACUCUGCGAGGACCGAGGACACGACCGUGGUGUGGAAAAGCUUUCAUGACAGCAUCACCCUCAUCAUUAUGUCAUCUGAGGAGGGCAGCUCGGAGCUGAGAUUGGAAAGACUACUCCAGAUGGUGUUUGGGGCCAUGGUUCUUCUAGUAGGACUUGAAGAACUGACCAAUAUCCGCAACAUAGAGAGACUAAAGAAGGAAUUGAGGGCCAGUUACCGCCUCAUUGACAGCUUCCUGGGGGACUCUGAGCUCAUUGGGGAUCUCACUGAGUGUGUGGACUGCGUGGUUCCUCCGGAGGGGUCCCUCCUACAGGAAGCUCUGUCCGGCUUCGCUGAGGCCACCAGCACAGCCUUUGUCAGCCUGGUGGUGUCGGGCCGCGUGAUGGUGGCCACGGAGGGCUGGUGGCGACUAGGGAUGCCCGAGGCUGUGCUGCUCCCCUGGCUGCUGGGAUCUUUGCCGCCGCAGACCGCUCGAGACUACCCGGUGUACCUUCCACACGGGAGCCCUACGGUCCCGCACAGGCUCCUGACCUUGACGUUGCUUCCGGGCCUGGAGCUAUGUCUGCUCUGUGGGCCGCGACCGCCACUCAGCCACCUGGACCCACAGCUCCUGGAGCGUUGGUGGCAGCCUUUACUGGAGUCGCUUCGGGCCUGUGUGCCACUGGGCCCCAGAGCCCUGCCUGCUGGUUUCCCCCUGCACGCAGACAUCCUCGGGCUGUUGCUCCUCCACCUGGAACUGAGAAGGUGCCUGCUGACCGUGGAGCCCUCUGGGGACAGAGAACCUUCCAGGGAGCAACGGCGGCGCCUCCUCCGCUCAUUCUACACUCUGGUCACCUCCACACACUUCCCACCAGAGCCAGGGUCACAGGAGGACAAGGCCCAACAGGUGCACAUGCCCAGAGCCUGUUACCUGGUGUUGGGGCCUGAGGAGCCGGACGUGGGGUGGCGACUGGUAGCUCUGCAGGUGGGGCCUCGCCGUCUGCUAUUACUGCUGUCCCCUCAGAGCCCUACCCAUGGGCUGCGGAGCCUGGCCACUCAGACCCUGCAUGCCCUCACCCCGCUGCUCUAA